AUGCUGGUGCCUUCGUCGAUGGAAGCGCCGCCGCAGUUGCUUCCCGCCGCGCAGCCGACUGUGUCAGCUCCCCCUCAGGAAGCACCCAAGCCAGGCAAUGUCAAAGUCGGCACCGGCCCCGGCAUGAAAAGCCCGACUGCUGAUUCGUACUUUCCACCCGACAAGGACCAUCCAAUUGGCCUCGUGGGCAACGUUGCCGACCAGUUUGCAGCAGAAAUGCAGGCCAUCUUGGGUUCUGGGCCGAACUCCGCCACUGCAGCGAAAGCUACGAAUGCUACAGAAGCAAAUCCCGAGCCGAAGACAUUGGUUGGGGCAUCAUCCCCAGGCCCGGGCCAUGCGCUCGGCCGUAUUGAAGAGCACGACGCAGAAAACGCAUCCGUUUCUCAGGAUUCCAGACCGAGCUCGGUCGCUACGAAGUUGACCCAAUCCUCACAGCAACCCAGCACACCACAGCCGCAACAGCUACCGCCAUCGCAGCAGAGCUCCCCUAACAACACACCCAAGCCGCCUCAAGGCUUUCUCCCGCCGCUCAGUGGACAGCCCGGGGUCGGUUCGCAAGGUCCCCGGGCAGGUAUGCCACAGCCAGGACAGACGACACCAGGACGGAUGAUGCCUCUCAGCGGCCCCAUGGGGUCUCAGGGGCCAAUGCCGCCGCAAGGCCUUGCACCGCAGCAACAAUGGCAGGGCAACAUGCAGCGGCCUCCGUCUGUGCCACCGCAGCUACAAAUGCAGCCGAAUAAAGGCAAGGAGAAUAAGUGGACGAAAUGGUUCAAGAGCUCAAAGCCGGAGAAGAGACCUGAUGCUCCUCAGGGCGGUCCGCUCGGGUCUCACCCACCACAACAGUACAUGCCGCUCCAGCCAGGCCAACCUAUGCAGAUGCGGCCACCACAUGGUUUUCCCAUGCAGCAGAUGCAGCCUGGGGGACUAGGCUCGCCCGCGCCAUCACAAAUGAUGCCGGUGCAGAGCCCAUCGCAAGGUAGUGCUGCGUCUUCGCCCCAAAUGGGCUUCCAAAAUCAGUCACAGCAGCAGACAGCAUCACCGAUGCCGCACCACCUCAUGCCAGCACCCCUCUCCCUGAGACCAAAGUCUGAAGUCCCUGCUGGGAUGCCAGGCGGUGGGUAG